CGCGGUAGGGAGGCGGCUCCGCACCAAGCGGGCGGACUGGAAUAGGGCGCAGGGACGUGCGCGCUUGCUGGACGCAGGUUACAGUUGUUAAGUACUUCCUUUAUGAUGGCACAGAGGACAGGACAAGAAGACCCUGAAAGAUACCUCUUUGUGGAUAGGGCGGUAAUUUACAAUCCCGCUACUCAGGCUGAUUGGACUGCUAAAAAACUGGUGUGGAUUCCUUCGGAGCGUCAUGGAUUUGAAGCUGCUAGCAUCAAAGAAGAGAGAGAUGAUGAAGUGUUGGUUGAACUGGCUGAAAAUGGAAAGAAAGCAGUAGUUAACAAAGAUGACAUUCAAAAGAUGAACCCUCCCAAAUUUUCUAAAGUGGAGGAUAUGGCUGAAUUAACCUGCUUAAAUGAAGCCUCUGUUCUGCAUAAUUUGAAGGACCGAUACUAUUCUGGGCUCAUUUAUACAUACUCUGGACUCUUCUGUGUAGUCAUAAAUCCCUACAAGAACCUCCCCAUUUACUCUGAGAACAUCAUUGAGAUGUACAGGGGGAAGAAAAGGCAUGAGAUGCCUCCACACAUUUAUGCAAUAUCUGAAUCAGCAUACAGGUGCAUGUUGCAAGAUCGCGAGGACCAAUCAAUUCUUUGCACAGGUGAAUCAGGUGCUGGAAAGACAGAGAAUACCAAGAAAGUUAUUCAAUAUCUUGCACAUGUUGCUUCUUCUCAUAAAGGGAGAAAGGACCACAACAUUCCUCCCGAGUCACCUAAGCCAGUGAAGCAUCAGAGUGGAUCCCUGUUGUAUGGUGAACUGGAACGUCAACUUCUACAGGCUAAUCCCAUUCUGGAAUCUUUUGGGAAUGCAAAGACGGUGAAAAAUGACAAUUCCUCUCGUUUUGGCAAAUUCAUCCGAAUAAAUUUUGAUGUUACUGGUUAUAUUGUUGGAGCAAACAUUGAAACAUAUUUACUGGAAAAGUCACGUGCGGUUCGUCAAGCCAAAGAUGAACGCACUUUCCACAUCUUCUAUCAGCUGGUAGCUGGGGCAGGAGAGCACUUGAAAGCUGACUUACUCCUUGAAGGAUUUAACAACUACAGAUUCCUAUCCAAUGGCUACAUCCCCAUUCCUGGCCAGCAAGACAAGGAUAACUUCCAGGAAACAAUGGAAGCCAUGCAUAUCAUGGGUUUUUCUCACGAUGAAAUCUUGGCUAUGUUGAAAGUAGUUUCUUCUGUACUACAGUUUGGUAACAUUUCCUUCAAGAAGGAACGAAACACUGACCAAGCAUCAAUGCCAGAAAAUACAGUCGCACAGAAACUCUGCCAUCUCUUGGGAAUGAAUGUAAUGGAAUUUACCCGAGCAAUACUCACUCCACGCAUUAAAGUCGGCAGGGACUAUGUCCAGAAAGCACAAACCAAAGAACAAGCAGACUUUGCAGUGGAGGCCUUGGCAAAAGCCACGUAUGAACGCCUUUUUCGCUGGCUUGUUCACCGUAUCAACAAAGCCCUGGAUAGGACUAAGCGACAGGGGGCUUCCUUCAUUGGCAUCCUGGAUAUUGCUGGAUUUGAAAUCUUUGAGUUAAACUCCUUUGAGCAACUUUGUAUCAACUACACCAAUGAGAAGCUGCAGCAGUUAUUCAACCACACCAUGUUUAUCUUGGAGCAAGAGGAAUAUCAAAGGGAGGGCAUAGAGUGGAACUUUAUUGACUUUGGACUGGACCUGCAACCUUGUAUUGAUUUGAUUGAAAGACCAGCAAACCCUCCUGGUGUACUGGCUUUGCUGGAUGAAGAGUGUUGGUUCCCGAAAGCAACUGACAAGACUUUUGUGGAAAAAUUGGUUCAAGAACAAGGUACCCAUUCCAAAUUCCAAAAGCCUCGGCAACUGAAAGACAAGGCAGACUUCUGUAUUAUUCAUUAUGCAGGAAGGGUAGAUUACAAGGCGGAUGAGUGGCUUAUGAAGAAUAUGGACCCUCUGAAUGACAAUGUAGCCACCCUCCUGCACCAGUCUUCUGACAAGUUUGUUGCAGAGCUUUGGAAGGAUGUGGACCGUAUUGUGGGUCUAGAUCAAGUCACUGGGAUGACAGAGACUGCCUUUGGCUCAACUUACAAGACCAAGAAGGGCAUGUUCCGUACUGUGGGGCAGCUUUACAAAGAGUCCCUUACCAAGCUGAUGGCCACACUUAGAAAUACUAACCCAAAUUUUGUUCGUUGCAUCAUUCCAAACCAUGAGAAGAGGGCUGGGAAGCUGGAUCCACACUUAGUUCUAGAUCAGCUUCGCUGCAAUGGUGUCCUGGAAGGAAUAAGGAUUUGUCGGCAAGGAUUUCCAAACAGAAUAGUGUUCCAAGAAUUUAGACAGAGAUAUGAGAUCCUGACUCCUAAUGCAAUCCCUAAAGGUUUUAUGGAUGGAAAGCAGGCAUGUGAGCGAAUGAUCAGAGCAUUGGAGCUGGACCCAAACUUGUACAGAAUUGGACAGAGCAAGAUUUUUUUCCGAGCUGGUGUUCUGGCACACCUAGAGGAAGAAAGGGAUCUAAAGAUCACAGACAUCAUUAUCUUCUUCCAGGCAGUAUGCAGGGGUUACCUUGCCAGAAAGGCCUUUGCUAAGAAACAGCAGCAACUGAGUGCGCUGAAAGUCCUGCAGAGAAAUUGUGCCGCCUAUCUGAAGUUAAGGCACUGGCAGUGGUGGAGGGUGUUUACAAAGGUGAAGCCUCUGCUUCAGGUUACUCGCCAGGAGGAAGAACUUCAGGCAAAGGAUGAGGAGCUGCUAAAGGUGAAGGAGAAACAGAUAAAAGUGGAAGCAGAACUUGAAGAGAUGGAAAGGAAACAUCAGCAGCUUUCGGAAGAAAAGAACAUUCUUACAGAGCAAUUACAAGCAGAGACAGAACUCUUUGCUGAAGCUGAGGAGAUGAGAGCCCGCUUAGCUGCCAAGAAGCAAGAGUUAGAAGAAAUUUUGCAUGAUUUAGAAUCCAGGGUGGAGGAGGAAGAAGAAAGGAAUCAGGUGCUACAGAAUGAGAAGAAGAAAAUGCAGGCUCACAUACAGGACCUAGAAGAGCAGCUUGAUGAGGAAGAAGGUGCUCGACAAAAGCUGCAGCUUGAAAAAGUAACAGCUGAAGCCAAGAUAAAGAAGAUGGAAGAAGAAAUUCUACUCUUAGAGGACCAAAAUUCUAAAUUUCUUAAGGAGAAGAAAUUAAUGGAGGAUAGAAUUGCAGAGUGUACGUCACAGCUGGCUGAAGAAGAGGAAAAGGCCAAAAACUUAGCGAAACUCAAGAACAAGCAGGAAAUGAUGAUCACAGAUCUAGAAGAACGAUUGAAAAAAGAAGAAAAGACUCGUCAAGAGCUGGAAAAAGCUAAAAGGAAACUUGAUGGUGAAACCACUGAUCUACAGGACCAAAUUGCAGAGCUCCAAGCCCAGAUUGAGGAGCUAAAGAUCCAGCUUGCUAAGAAAGAAGAAGAACUACAGGCUGCUCUUGCCAGAGGGGAUGAUGAAUCUGUGCACAAGAACAAUGCAUUAAAACUAAUAAGAGAAUUGCAAGCUCAGAUUGCAGAGCUGCAAGAGGACCUUGAAUCGGAAAAGGCUUCACGGAACAAAGCAGAUAAGCAGAAGAGAGAUCUCAGUGAAGAGCUAGAGGCACUGAAGACAGAACUGGAAGAUACCCUGGAUACCACUGCAGCUCAGCAAGAGUUAAGGACAAAGCGUGAGCAGGAAGUUGCUGAACUGAAGAAAGCACUUGAGGAAGAAACCAAGAAUCACGAAGCCCAAAUUCAAGAUAUUAGACAGAGGCAUUCAACUGCCUUAGAAGAGCUCUCGGAACAGCUUGAACAGGCCAAAAGAUUUAAAUCAAAUCUUGAAAAGAACAAGCAGUGUUUAGAGACCGAUAACAAAGAGCUGGCCUGUGAGGUGAAGGUGUUGCAGCAGGUGAGAGCAGAGUCUGAACACAAGAGGAAGAAGCUGGACGGCCUGGUACAGGAGCUGCAGACCAAAGUAUUGGAAGGAGAGAGGCUGAGGACAGAGCUGGCUGAAAAAGGGAACAAGCUGCAGAAUGAGCUGGACAAUGUCUCAAGUCUCUUGGAAGAAGCAGAAAAAAAAGGCAUUAAAUUUUCCAAAGAUGCUGCCAGUUUGGAGUCUCAGCUACAAGAUACUCAGGAGCUACUGCAAGAGGAGACCCGGCAGAAACUGAACCUGAGUAGCCGGAUUCGGCAGUUGGAAGAGGAGAAGAACAAUCUGCAGGAGCAGCAGGAAGAAGAGGAAGAAGCCCGGAAAAAUUUGGAGAAGCAAGUGAUAGUUCUGCAAUCUCAGUUGGCUGAUGCCAAGAAGAAGGUUGAUGAUGACUUAGGCACCAUUGAAGGAUUGGAAGAAAGUAAGAAAAAACUGUUGAAGGAUAUGGAAAUUCUGAGCCAGCGUCUAGAAGAGAAAGCGAUGGCUUAUGAUAAGCUGGAGAAAACAAAGAACCGUCUUCAGCAGGAACUUGAUGACUUGAUGGUAGACCUCGAUCAUCAGCGCCAGAUUGUUUCCAACUUGGAGAAAAAGCAGAAGAAGUUUGAUCAGAUGUUAGCAGAAGAGAAGAAUAUAUCUGCUCGUUAUGCAGAGGAAAGAGACCGUACGGAGGCAGAGGCACGAGAAAAAGAGACCAAGGCACUGUCUCUGGCACGGGCUCUGGAAGAAGCUUUGGAGGCCAAGGAAGAGUUUGAGAGGCAGAACAAACAGCUCCGAACAGACAUGGAAGACUUAAUGAGUUCCAAAGAUGAUGUGGGCAAAAAUGUUCAUGAACUGGAAAAAUCCAAGCGCACCUUGGAACAGCAAGUAGAGGAGAUGAGAACACAGCUGGAAGAGCUGGAGGAUGAACUGCAGGCUACUGAAGAUGCAAAACUGCGUUUGGAAGUGAACAUGCAAGCCAUGAAAGCACAGUUUGAAAGAGACCUCCAGGCCAGAGAUGAGCAGAAUGAGGAGAAAAAAAGGUUGUUGGUAAAACAGGUCCGGGAACUUGAAGCGGAACUGGAAGAUGAGAGGAAGCAGCGGGCUCUGGCUGUGGCAUCCAAGAAGAAAAUGGAGGCAGAUCUGAAAGACCUAGAAGCUCAGAUAGAAGCCGCAAACAAAGCUCGUGAUGAAGCAAUCAAGCAGCUCCGUAAACUGCAGGCUCAGAUGAAAGACUAUCAACGUGAGCUAGAAGAGGCACGGGCAUCCAGAGAUGAAAUCUUUGUUCAGUCGAAGGAGAAUGAGAAGAAGCUCAAGAGCUUGGAGGCAGAAAUUCUUCAACUACAAGAGGAGCUUGCUGCUUCUGAGAGAGCCAGACGCCAUGCAGAGCAGGAGAGGGAUGAACUGGCUGAUGAAAUUGCCAACAGUGCCUCUGGAAAAUCUGCCCUGCUUGAUGAGAAGCGCCGCCUGGAAGCCCGAAUUGCCCAGCUAGAGGAAGAACUAGAGGAGGAGCAGAGCAACAUGGAGCUGCUCAAUGAUCGUUUCCGCAAAACUACACUUCAGGUUGAUACACUGAAUUCUGAAUUGUCUGCUGAACGGAGUGCUGCUCAGAAGAGUGAAAAUGCACGUCAACAGCUGGAACGGCACAACAAAGAGUUGAAAGCAAAGCUACAGGAGCUGGAGGGUUCCGUAAAGUCCAAGUUCAAAGCAACCAUUUCAGCACUGGAAGCAAAGAUUGGGCAGCUAGAAGAACAGCUAGAGCAGGAGGCAAAAGAGAGAGCAGCUGCCAACAAGCUAGUGCGUCGUACAGAGAAGAAGCUAAAAGAGGUAUUCAUGCAGGUGGAGGAUGAGCGCCGGCAUGCAGACCAGUACAAGGAACAGAUGGAGAAGGCCAAUGCUAGGAUGAAACAGCUCAAACGCCAACUGGAAGAGGCAGAGGAGGAAGCUACACGUGCUAAUGCCUCACGCCGUAAGCUCCAGCGUGAGCUAGAUGAUGCCACUGAAGCCAACGAGGGUCUUAGCAGGGAGGUCAGCACUCUGAAAAACAGGCUAAGGAGGGGUGGACCAAUCACCUUUUCCUCCAGCCGAUCUGGGCGGCGCCAACUGCACAUUGAAGGAGCUUCCCUGGAGCUUUCAGAUGAUGAUGCAGAAAGCAAGGGCAGUGACAUCAACGAACCACAAGCUGCCCCAACAGAGUAAGAACCCUGCCUUUUUUGACAGCCAGCACCCUUACCAGUGUGACUUUCCUUCCAUGCAUUUGGAAGAGGAGGACCUCAUUGGCCACCAAAUUGCCUUGUGGCCCCUGACUUGCCUUAGGCAGAACUGGCACACUACUAGGUCUCACACAUUGCAGGUCAUCCGUAGCAUAUUGCUGCUUGGCCUUGCUGUGUUGUAACCUGCUUUGGAUAUAGCUACCACUGCUUUUUAUAUGUAUUUAAAUGUCUCUGUUCAGUGCUCUUGUUUCCAGGUAUCCAUUGUAAAGCCAUUUUCUGGAGCGUCAGAUGAUAGGAUGCUUCCUCUAUCCAUGUAGGCCAUUCCUGAGCAGAAGUUUCUGGCAGCUGGCUCCUUGUUUCCAUACUUGAUUUGUUGUACAGUAACAUGCCUCUUUCUUCUUUGGUUUUUGAGUCCUGUUCAUCUGUAGGAGCUGACUACACUUUUUUCAUUUUAUGACAGACUUAAAACCAAUACAUUGACUGUGAAAAGGCUCGGGGGGCUUAAGAGGGAAACUUGGAGCUGAGAUUAGCAUGCACUGCUAGCCAGCUGUUUAUCUUAAGGGAAUGUGCUACUUAAUGCACACUUGCCCACUGUGGGCAAUAUUGUGUCUUUUUGCGCUCCCAUCCAGGUCAGCACUACAUCCUAGCUGAAAGGGCCAGAUAAACUGCUUCCUAUUUGUUCAGAGUGCUUAAUGCAAAUUUGAAUACUUUAGUGUGAGAGUUAGCUUGCCCCAUCUCCCCCAGCAACUGCGUAGCUACCAGGCUUUCCUGCUGUGGACAGGAGUGUCAUUGGACUAAAAUGGAUGACCUUGCCAGCUGUUUUGUGCCCAUCAGUGUAUCUGCCGGAGGCUAGCAUUUGGACACUACCUGUAAAUGGACAUGCCAGUGGAACAACCUUUCCCCCUUUCCGACUUUCAUUUGGACAGUGUUAACUACACCUAGCUAGUAUUCCUCAUUUUGUAGCUGAGGAUUGACAUUUACAGAAAGUGCCUUAGACACUACAGUACUAAGACAAUGUUACAUAUAUAAUUUGCCUAUAACAAUGAUUUAAUGUAUUGAUUUUUUGUUCUUCAUAUCAUGUUACACAUCUUCUAGUCCAAGUGGUAUUAUUGAUAUUCAGUGAUAAGAAAUCAGUGUUAACUAUGAAAUCUUGAUCUCUUGCAACAUGCUUGAAAAAAUAUUUUUCUUUGGUUAAAAGCUUUAACCUGUUGCAAAGCUUUUGUUUUGUGCAUUUGGGUAUUUCUUAAUCAUUACUGGCUGUUGACCACCAGGCAUCUGACUGCAAAUACCUUGUUUCUUUGUAUUCCCAUAUUUCUAGACAAUGAUUUUUGUAAGACAAUAAAUUUAUUCAUUCUAGACUUA